AUGCUUCACGGCCUCACUGCCAGUGAGACGAUUUUGCUGAACCAGUGGUUAAAUUCGUUGAAUCUAUUCAAGCCGAUCCGCAAGCCCAAAUGGCCCAUCAGCAAGCGGCCUGGCCACCUCGUCGUGCUCACUCCCACCCACCCAUGCUCACUCCCACCCACCCAUGCUCACUCCCACCCACCCAUGCUCACUCCCACCCACCCAUGCUCACUCCCACCCACCCAUGCUCACUCCCACCCACCCAUGCUCACUCCCACCCACCCAUGCUCACUCCCACCCACCCAUGCUCACUCCCACCCACCCAUGCUCACUCCCACCCACCCAUGCUCACUCCCACCCACCCAUGCUCACUCCCACCCACCCAUGCUCACUCCCACCCACCCAUGCUCACUCCCACCCAGCCAUGGUCACUUCCACCCACCCAUGCUCACUCCCACCCACCCAUGCUCACUCCCACCCAGCCAUGGUCACUUCCACCCACCCAUGCUCACUCCCACCCAUCCAUGCUCACUCCCACCCAGCCAUGGUCACUUCCACCCACCCAUGCUCACUCCCACCCAGCCAUGGUCACUCCCACCCACCCAUGCUCACUCCCACCCAGCCAUGCAGCUCCUCUCCCCGUUGCUCGCAUUAGCGUCCCCUCCCAGGCCGUUCUUGGAUUUCACAUUCUCCGAGGCGCAAUGUGGCACCUGGGCGGCUGACUAUUCCGCCCUGCACUCCCGCAUUCGCCAAGCGGCCCGCGCCCACGCCAGCACCCUGGCUCAGACUGCUGCUGCCGCAGCGAAAACACCACCCAUGCCACCGCUGCCACCACCUUCACCACCACCACCAUCACCCCCACCUCCAUCACCACCACCACCGUCACCCCUACUUUCCUCACCUCCCGAAUACCCCCAGCCGCCUAGGGACCCAUCCAUUCGCUUUCUCACAUACGAAUGGCUGGAUGAACCAGGCGGGCUAGGAGACUAUCUCACAGGGCUGGCCACCAGCUUUGCAUGUGCCAUGCUCACUCAGCGGGCGUUCAUUGAGGAGGGUAAGAAGUGGAGUGAGAGGCUCAAGGACGUGGGCAUGCGGCCUCCCUACAGCUUCGGCUGCAUCCUCCACUUUCUUCUCAAGCCCCUCCCAGACAUCCUGUCAAGAACCGAAGCUAUGUACCGCCACCUCUUCUCCCCUCUCGCUUCCUCCUCCCCCCCUUCGGCCCUCCUCCAAGCCCAAACCCCUCAUCACCUGAGUGCUGGACAAUCAGGGGCCUCCCAUCACUCCUCAAGCGAUAGGGUGGUGGUGGUGGGCAUGCACAUGAGAGCACCUGAUUCGUUCGUGUGGCAGGGCGAGAGUGGGUUCGGAGAUCCCAAGGUUCUGAGUGAGACAGAGAGAACUGAACUCAUCAAGUGGGCUAUGGGCUAUGUUGCUUGUGCCCAGAGGCUCGAGGCAUGCACCAAGAAGCGGAAGAACGACGGCGACCCCGGAUCCAGCACGGGUGCUGCUAAGAAAAAGAAGAAGGGGUCAAACAAGGACGACAUCCUGGUCAUCAUUGACGUGUUCCGCCACUAUGGGAUUUCAAGCAAGCUGGACGGGACGGAGAACCACCUGGUGAUGUCUCACCUGCGCGCCAGGAGCACUGUCAAUGUCUCCGAGAACAUGAGCCUCGGGGGAACCACGGGCGACAACACGCGCCUGCUUGGGCAGGCGCCAGAGGAGGAGGAGGAGGAGAUGCAGGCGGAGGGUGUGAGGGAGGUGGCAGUGGCAACCGGCCUGGAGGUGCUGUACCAGGAGACCCCCAACUACCGCGGAGCAGCGGCUGAGGCUGACCGCAUGAUCGAGCCUAGGGAAACGGCCAGGCAUGCCUGGCGAGUGCCAGACUUGGGUGUUGACCCUGCAGUUAGUGCAGGGGAGGAGGCCGUGACUGAGGAGGGCUAG